AUGAGUUUUUAAUCUAAUAGCACAGAUACUAAGACAUAUACGCCUCCUUUUAAAACGAAGAAUAGGGAUUAAGGAAAGGACCCUAUUUUCUUUUAUACAAAGUUGAAUAAAGAUUUGAAAGAAAAAAUUCAAGAAGAAUUUUAAUAUAAGCUAGAAGAUGAUUAUAUAUAUUUAUUGCUAGAAUCUUACAGAAGAGACUGUUUUCAUGAAAUGAUAAAAGUCAUAAUAAUGCUUCUAUUUAGAGAUGAAAAGUCUUUCUUUAGUUUUUUUAAAAAAUAAAACAGCAAAACACACAUCUAAUGUCUAUAUGGAGAGGGUUAUGAUGUUUAAUAAUUAAAAAAUUAAUCAGAUCCUACAUAUUAUCUAGAUUUAAUGAAUAAGUAUUUAAGAAUAGGAAAUUAGUACAGUUUUAUAAAAUGCAAUCUUUGUUAUAACCUAUUCUAAAAAAUUAAUAAUAACUACUAAAAAUUUAGAGAUUAAUUACCUUAGGUGUUUGAAUAUGUCAUAUAUAAAUACAACUAAACUCCUAAGGCGUAUCCAUUUGAAAAAUACAAAGAGAAUCCUGGAAAUAAUACCCUUAAAAUUCGUUUAUGCUUUUUAGCAACUUAUGCUUAAAAUUUAUGCACAAAAAAAGACAGUGAGAAUGAACCAUUUUUCAUUUUUUAACAAGCUUAUUGUAAUUUUGAUAAGCUAGAAGAUACUUAUUUGCAGGAGACACUAAAAUCAGGAAGAUUUUUUGUGGUUUCUAAUAAAAAUAAUACAAAAAAAUAUGCUUUCUCAGAUAUGCCUGUUGUUGUAGAUUUUACUGAUGAAGAAAUAAAUCAACCCUCUUUGUAUCUUAUAGAUUGGUAUGAGGAUCUUUAAGAUUAUAUGAUGCAAAUAUCUGGCUCAAUCUCAUACCCAAAAACUCUUUCAUAAGAUAUAUAUAGAAGCUUGUAAGUUAGGCUAGAAAAAGAACUAGGUAAUUUUAUUAAUUGUGAUUUGCUAAGAGGAAAACUUAGAGAAGAUCAAUAUAAUAUUACCCUUUGGAUAGAAGCAAGAAAAAUUUAAAAAGAAAUAAUAUAAAAAUCAAAUAUCUUAGAAAAAGAGUAAAAAAUUAUAAGAAUUUUUGACUAUGAAGAUAAUUUGAUUUAACAAAGACAAAUUGAUCCUUUUGAAGUUGAAUAUAUAGAUCCAGAACAUAAAUGCAAAUUUAUUUACGGCGAUGGGCUAGAAAUUACAAAUUACCUUCUUCCUAAUGAGUAUGACUCGGUUCUCAUAGAGAAUUAUCCUGAAAACGAAAACGAGGUUUCCUUCUUCUAAGAAUUUAAAUUAAAUUAUCAACUGAUUUUAAGCAUAAAAAAGAAAAAUUAAUAAUUAUAUGUUAAAUGCCUUAAUUAUGCCUUGGCUAAAGAGUUUUAUAAUUACUUUAUAAACAACCAUUUAGUUAAAGAUAAACAAAACAGACUGAUAUCUAAACCUCUAAUAACAGAAAAUCUCUAUACAAAUAAAGCUAUGUAUGUUAUGAAGGUCUAAUAUGAGGUUAUACAUAAUCUGCAAGGGCAAUAAACUAUUGAAUAGGUAUUUGAUUUAUUUAUAAAAAAUAGUUACAAAAUAGUCGAAAAUAAAAAUAACGUAUAAAAUCAAAACUAAAAAAUCUGCUAUUUGCUAUUUGAUAAGAAAGAAACUGGUGACAUCAUUAAAGAAACAUUAAAUUAACAAUUAGCUUAUGGUAUCAGAUUUGUUAGCAUGGAUAUGUAAGAAAUUAAAUAAGGUAAAAUAACUAUCGAUCAUAAAGUCUAUAUUUAUUAUGAAGAAUUGCUAAAGAAAAUAUAUCCGAAUGAAUAUAAAAUACUCCUACCAAAUGAAUAAGAGUACGAAGAGAAGGAAACUGUCCAAUAAUUACUUCAAAAAAAGACACAACUUGUUAAAAAAUAAAUAAUUAGAUUUUUUGACGAUCCAAAAGACAAUUCUAAAGUCAACAUUUUAAUUUAAUCGGAUACUGACAAGUUGGUUUUCAAAGGUUUAUAUGAAAUUCAAAUGGUUAUUAAGCCUAAAGAUAUUUACUAAUUAAAAGACACAUACCAAUAUCAUAUUUUUACUAAUGAGGAUGCUAAGAAUAAGCUCAAAGAAUUAAGCAUAAAUAAUUCAAUUUACAUUCACCAUAAUCACUAAUUAAAUAGGUUAGAGUUUUAUACUUAUUAAACAGCAAAACAGUCUAAAAAUUUAGUUAAAAAAGUCAUUUAAGAAAUUGAAGAAUACAUUAAUAAAUACAAGGUUAGCGUAUCUUUCAAUAUCUAAUAAAGUAAUUCUAAGGGCUUAGUUGAAUAUCUUAAAAUCAAAGGCUUCCCUUACUAAUACGAACAUAAUAAAAUUUAAACAAAAAUUGUUUACACUUAAUUUAAAGAAUAACUAAACUAUAUAAAUGAAAAUUUUAUGAAGCCUCUUCACUAAAAUGUUGAAGAUUGCUAAAUUUGUUAUGAUACUUAGGAGUUGUUUAAACUUUCUAAUUGUUAAUGUAAAACUGUUUGCAAGUCAUGUUUGAAAGCGCAUAUAAAAGAUGAAGUUAUAACUUCUCUGACUCACUUUAAAGCAUAAAUUAUUUGCCCUUCUUGUAAUAAAUAACCGAUAUCAAUCAGAGAUAUAAAUAAAAUUUUUGAUAAAUUUGCUCUUUAAGAUUUAUUCAAGAUGAGAUUCAAAUCAGGCAUCGACCAUCUUAAAAACGAAAAUGGAUAAAGAAUCUUUAAAGGAUGUGAUUUCCCUGAUUGCAAAGGUAUUAUGAGAAUUCCCUACAUUGUAACUAAAGAUACUAGUGAUCAUUGGUAAUGUCCUAUGUGUUAGUACGAUUAUUGCAUAAAACACAUAUUAAAUUAAUAAUAUCAUUUACCUCUACAUGAUGUGCAUGAAAAUUUGAUUUCUUGUGAAGCAUAGAUUAAAGAUGUAGGUAUAAAUGAUUUAGAAGAAUUAGGAGUGAUAAAGGUAUGUCCUAACUGCAAAGCGAAAUUUUCUCAUGAAGAAGGAUGCAAUCAUCUUACUUGCAAAGAGUGUAAAUGCCAUUUCUGUGCUAUCUGCAAUUGGUAUGAACUAUAGUAAAAAGAUAUUUAUAAGCACUUGUAGGAAUUACAUUCAGGACAUAGUUCUAAUAAACCUGUUAGCCUUAAAACUGCUAAUCAAGAAACAAUAGAAAAGCUUCAAAAAAAAUUAGAGAAAAGACAAAAUAAUAUAAAGGAGGGUAAAAUUUUAAAAGCAGAUAGUGAUGAAGAAGACAAUGUUUUCUAAAAGCUUAAGCUACCAAAAUCAUGUCGCUUUUAACUAGGUGAUGUAGACGAAAACCUAUUAAAAGUUCUCUUCCAUGAAUCAGAUUUUUAAUUAUAGUAAUCACAAGUUUCUAAAGUAUUUAAUUACUGA